CUUGCCAUGAUUAUCAAACAACCCAUCAAGGCGAACGAAAUUGACCGCAUGUACUUGGUUGGGAACGCCAGUGGGUUGAACUGCCUCAUUGUUGACGCCAUGAUCGACACGGCCGGGACGCUGGGCAAGGCGUCGCAGCACCUGUCCGACCACGCUGUUAGGCGUUUAAUCGACAUCAAUCCACGAUGUAGUCUCAUCCCCCUAGAUCACGACCUGGACAACGUUGCGAGAAACCCGUGCAGCGAGUACAGACACGCGCUGAUGGCACCGACACCAUGGAACUGAGAAUUUGACGCAUAAUGCAUCUCUCAAUCACGCAUCAUCCGCGACAAGGCCGCGGUGGGACCUGUGUUUGUGACCCGUUCCAACUUAAGCUCCUUCUCUUCGACGACAGCCAGACAGAUGGUUACCGGCAGCAAGCGAUUAGCAAGCGUCUCAACACAAGGAGGCAAUUCGAGAAGUGAAUUGAUGUUGUUUAUAAAGCUCCAUUCCUAUGUUCA